UUUUUAUUUUAGUUGUUUCAAUCAAAUAAACAGAGUAAAGGUGAAAGAAGUCGUUUAAUCUACUUGAACAUUGAACGAAUUUCAAGUUAUAAGUACGCGCCGUUUAAAUGUACACACUUAACGAGUUAGUAUUCAAACAAAAAGAAUACGCUAUGAAAUCAUUAUGGUUAUUACCGAUGAUUAUAUUGUUCGCCUUGUUUAUGAGUGACGUAACAGUCAGCUCUUCGAUACAACAUUUACAACAUCACAAAAAACAUGAACAUAGAAAUGGUACUCAACCAAAUGUGUUCCAAUGUAUUUCAUGCAAAACUGGUACUCAGCAAGUUUUAAAUAUUAUUUUAAGUUCAAAUACAUGGUAUACGGUAAAUGUGAAAAUUAGAAUGCUCUGUUUUAAGACUGGACCAUUUUACAAUUCAUGUGUGGAGUUUUCCACUCAAUUGGCAGGCAAAAUAUUCCAACUUCUCGGUCAACUUGAACCAGCAAAAUGGUGUGCUUUUCUUGGAUUUUGUUAUUAUCCACCUCAUGUACCAGUCUGUAAAUAUUGUUACGAAACAGGAUUAACCAUAAAAUCAAUGUUAUUAUCGAAGCAUUUCCUCUCAGAAUUAUACAAUAACACGUUAGCUAUGUGUAAUGAAGUGCCUACUUAUUCAUUUGUUUGUGGUCCAGUUAUACACGAUGUGUUUAUGGCUAUCACCUUGAGCUUUAACAAACAAUUCUUAGUGCAGCGAUUCUGUCAGAAUGCUGGAUUCUGUUAAACAGUGACUUUCACUAGAAAUGAGUUACCACUGCUGUUAUGCAACAAGUAUUUUGUGUGGAAGGAUUGUUUGUAGCUGCAAUGGAAAGUCAAAUGCAACAUUAUAGUUUACAUUCAAUUUUAGUGUAAAAUAAAACGUUAACGAAUUUCAA